CUCUCUCUCUCAAGCACAUACAUUCCAGUCACACAGUUUCACUGAAACCAACCACUUGUCAACAUCUAUCUCUGUGGAUUUCACUUUUACCUAUGGAUCCCAUCUCCUACAUAUGUGAACAUUCUUCACCUGCUGAUCUCACCUAAUUUACCAGUAGAUCUUACCUAAUUUAAAUGUGGAAACUCAACUUUAACUUUUUACUUGUCUGUCACACUUUUACCUGUGGAUUUAAUCUUUAGACCUCACUUUAACCUUCUGACACCCCCUUUUAAAUCUGUACUGCUCAUUUACCUGUGGAUCUCACCUGAGGACCUCACCUUUAGGGAUCUCACUUCUACCUGAGGAUCUGACUACUACUUGUCCCAGGAGAGAUGUCUCGUCGUGCCAGUACCUUGGACCUGGACAUUACCAGCAAGUACAGCACUUUGGGAGGGCAGGCCCAACGGCGCUCCACUACCCUGAGUUCCCAGUCUCAGCCCAAAACCUCCAAGCCAGGCGAUGUCCUUUGUGACUUCUGCACCACUCGGAAACAAAAGGCUGUGAAGUCCUGCCUACUGUGCCUGGCCUCCUACUGUGAGACCCACCUCCAGUCCCACUAUGAGUACCCAGCCUUGAUGAAACACAAGCUGGUGAAGGCUACGGGCCAGAUGAGGGAGAAGAUCUGUGCCCAGCACGACAAGCUGCUGGAGGUGUUCUGCCGCACAGACCAGACCUCAGUCUGUGUCCUCUGCAUGAUGGAUGAACACAAGCGCCACGACACUGUGCCGGCUGGCACCGAGAGGAUUGAGAAACAAAAACAGCUGGGGUCCACUCUAAUGAAGUCUCAGCAGAGGAUUGAUCAGAGAGUGAAGAAGUGGACAGACCUUCGCCAGGCUGUGGAGUCAGUCAAACACUCUGCACAGGCGGUGUUGGAUGAGAACGAACAUAUCUUCACAGAGCUGCUGCGCUCCAUAGAGAGAAGGUACAUAGAGGUGAGGGAGCUGGUGCGAGCCCAGGAGAAGACCACAGUGAUCCAGGCUGAGGGACUGUUGGACCGUCUGGAAGAAGAGAUAACUCUGCUGAGGAAGAAACACACUGACCUGGAGAAACUCUCCCACACUGACGACCACAUACACUUCCUACAGAGCUGGCAGUCUCUGUCUGGUCCCUCUGGGUAUGAGGAUCUAAACAAUGUCACCGUCGUUCCAUACUACUCCUUCGAUGGAGCCAAGAGAGCCAUCGCUGCGUUGAAGGUGCAAGUGGAGGAAAUCAACAAGACGGAAAUCAGCAAAAUCGCCUCAGCAGUCAAAGAGGUCCACAUUAUCCAACCACUAGAACAUAUGGCACGAGAAGAACUUGAAACUAAGACAAGAGAAUAUUCAGAACCUAAGACAAGAGAGGAUUUCAAGAAAUACCUGGUCCAGCCGACCCUGGAUGUCAACAGUGCCCACCCCAACCUGUACCUAUCUGAGGGCAACACUGUAGCCAAGAUGAUGAGCGAACCCAAGAACUACCCAGACCAUCCAGACAGGUUCGACCAUUGGCAGCAGCUGCUGUGUAAGGAGGGUCUGUCAGGGAGUCGCUGCUACUGGGAGGUGGACUGGAGAGGAACGGAGAUAGACAUCGCCGUCACCUUUCAGAGCAUCAACCGCAAGGGCAACAGCAACGAAUGCAGCCUGGGUUGGAACGACAAGUCCUGGAGCCUGUACUGCUCUGAGGACAAAUAUUCCUUUGUGCACAAGAACCAGAGCACAGAUAUAGCCAAGCCCAGGUCCUCAAGGGUAGGAGUGUAUGUGGACCAGAUAAAGGGGACUCUGGCAUUUUACAGUGUGUCUGAUAGCAUGAACCUCCUUCACAAAGUACAGACCACCUUCAUAGAGCCUCUCUACCCUGCCUUCAGUGUGUGGGGCUUUGGUUCCAGUGUGAAACUAGUGUAAUGAUUGAGUGGGAAACACUAAAUGGGGGUCUUGAACCAGCGACCCUAUGGUUACAGAGAAAUCUCACUAAAUCUGUGCCAUAAAGGUCCAGACCUCUUGAAGUUGUUGUAUGCUUACAUACAGGGAGGCUACCCUGUAUGAGCAUAUUGUUUGAAAUGUACCUGUAAAUAGAUUGAUGCUCAUUAUAAAGUGUGUAUAA